UCAGGUUUGAUUCUUAGUUCCAAAAACAUGCUCUGCGGAAUAAUUAACAAUCGCCUUUUCUUGAUGAAAUAGUUCGGUUUUUUUAACCGCCACUGGAUUCCAAGAAGGAAGAAACUAUCAAAUUUCCACAGUUUUUGAUUUCUUUUUAAUGAUUAUAAAGAGGUGACAAUUCAUUAAAAAAAAUUCAUAAAUUUCUGCCAAGAAAGUGAAAAUGCUUGUGGAUGAUUUCUGACUAUUUAUUAGGCGAUUAUUUGAAUUCUGAUAUCACAGAUUUAACGAUUUCUAAACACCAAAGACAGUUAACGGAUACUAAAUUUUGCUUAUUCCUGAUCUGAAUGCUAUCAUAACUGCAACUAUGAAUUCUUAUGAAAAAUUCAGCUUAUUGAUUACUGUUUUGGUUCACUUAAGAAUCCACUGUGUUUUAUCAAUUGUGCAGACUGCAUGUCAAAGACAUCAAUUCCGAUGUGAUGACGGGGAAUGUAUAUUCGUAGGAAGGGUGUGCGAUGGACGCAAUGAUUGCAAAGAUUGGUCUGACGAAACACGUUGUAGUGAUAGAAACUAUCCAAAAUGUCCAAAAGAUUAUUUCCAGUGUCUCUCAGAUAGACGCUGCAUUGAUUAUUCGUGGCUUUGCGAUGACGACGAGGACUGUAGUGACGGAUCUGAUGAAGAGAACUGCGUUCCAGCCUGUGGAGAUUAUCAGUUCGAGUGUUUAAAGAACAAACAAUGCAUUUAUAUCAUGAAACGCUGCGAUGGAAAUGUCGAUUGUAAAGAUGGUUCCGACGAGCGGAGCUGUCGUGCUUACAAUUGCCCAUACUUGCACUUUCCUUGUGAAAAAGACCCCCGCUGUGUUCCUAGAGCAUUUAUAUGCGACGGCGAAAACGAUUGCGACGAUGGUUCUGACGAAAUGCACUGUGAGUAUUCAUCUACUUCUUCAACCACAAUAAAUCCUACAACAACGGAACCGUCAUGUCCAGACAACUACUGCACGCACGGGGCAGACUGCGUCCUCAUCGAGGGGGGAUACUAUUGCAUCUGCACCCCAUCUUUCACGGGAGAAAAGUGCGAAACUAGAAUCUCUGCUGAAAGGAAAUUCCAUGAUUUAGGAAUUGUUAUAGGCAUAUCUAUGGCGCUAAUCAUUCUGCUCAUAAUCGUGUCCUUACUACUUUUCUGCUAUUUUAAGAAAAGAUCUAUCAGAUAUUCUACAGCCCUGAUGUCAAAAAAUGAAAGCCAAGGGCCGAUCGCUUCUUACUCUAAAGAAUAAAUGGAAUAGCAUUUGCACAGGAAUUACAGUAUUAAGAUAUCUAUGGAGCUAAAAAUGACUGAAAAUAAAAGAAACAGAAAAAAAAGUACAAAAAGAAAAUAACUUCAUUUUGCUCUUGGGACAUACAACACAAUGCUAUAAGUUCUAUGU